GGCGCAUAACGAAAGGCCCUACACCCAAGGUUACAGUACAACCUUACUUCUGACUUCUGAGCCGCAAGCUUCAUCUCCCACCAUGACAUCGCCGAAGCUACCACCCAUCGCGGACAUCAUGGCGCUGCCAACAAAGGAUCGAGCUGCCAUCCUGGACUUGCUCUUCGAGCCAAGCACGCAGCUCCAUACGCUCUCCGUCCCUCUUCUGCAUGAAAAGCAGUUCGAGAGCUACGCCGACCUCAUUUCGGCUGUGGGUGUCCAACUCACCGAUCUGGCAGAGUCUGCCUCGUCUUCAGAUACGGAGUGGCUCGAGAGCAUCUUAGGCUCGCACCCACGUCUUGGUGCGAAGAAGGUGGAAAGUGCGCAGUCUCAAGCCGAGCAGGCGCAGCUCCAAGGGACGGCAGAUGAGACCGAGCAGCUCCUCGCGCUUAACGAAGAGUAUGAGAGAAAGUAUCCUGGCCUGCGUUAUGUUGUUUUCGUGAACGGAAGGAAUCGAUCGGUGAUAAUGGAUGAUAUGCGUCAACGAAUCGCAAACAGUGACCUAGAGUCGGAAAGAUUGGCUGCCAUUAAGGCUAUGUGUGAGAUCGCAGCUGACAGAGCAAGCAAACUAUCUUCUGAGCUGCUCGCCUAAUGGAUGAAUUACAGAAUUCGGAACAGCAAUGUGUUCGGCCGUGCCUGUGACGCCUCGUCCAUUCUUUAGCCGUAUGUGAAUCUACCACGAAUGCGCAAUAAGUUCUGCCGAGGUGCAUGCCU